UGUGUUUUCAUUUCACUCAACGUUUGAUUCAUUUAUUUAUUGUUUUUACAAUUGAUUUCAAUUAUCAUCUGAUAUGCCGUCGAAGAAGCGAAAGGACACGAAGAAGACAACGGAUGAGUCGUCGGCGGCAAAGGAGUCGCCGUUUGUUUCGUACGAAAAACUCGUGGAAACGAUAGACGUGUUGAAGAAGUGGACGCUUUUGGACGACAAGCAAAAGAGCGAUAAGAAAGAGCUGUUCAAAGACACCGCCGAUUGUGUGGUCAGUCUUCAGGUGAACUACAAGAAGACACCGUUGAAUAAGUCGACGUAUAUUUUCGCCAUCUCUUUGCCCAACCAUUGGAGACACGAGUCGUCGGACUUCGAGACCUGUCUUAUCGUCAAAGAUGUUAACAAAACGCCGUUAAGUGACAGAGAUUUGGAUCUGACCGAGACUAAGAACCACUACCGGGAACUGUUGUCUAAAGACAAUUCGGAUCAAUUGGUGUCAGAAAUCCUUCCGAUGCGUGAAUUGAGGAAUGAAUACAAGAUAUUUGAAUCGAAAGAAAAGCUGUGCAAAGCAUUCAAUGUAUUUCUAUGCGAUCGCCGACUAUUGCACAAUAAGUUUGAUUACUUACCCAUGUUUUUGGGUAAAAGCUUUUGGAUCAACGAUAAGAAGGUUCCGCUUCCUAUAGACCUGACCUCCACUUCCCUUAAGUCUGUAUUGGAGUCGAAGUUAAAUCAAACGCAUCUCUAUUUGUCGGGAAAGGGAGACAUGUCUUCAGUUAAUAUCGGUUUACUGAAACAAUCGACAGACAAAUUGGCCGAAAAUCUAAUGGCAGUGAAUAUUCUGUUAUUGAAAGAGUUUGGGAAUAAUAUUCGUUCGCUUAGUGUUAAGACCGAGAAAUCGAUUUCAAUCACGUAUUUUCUCGAUUGCGGUUUCAUUUCCGACAUUCAAAUGGUCCGCAAGUCUGCGGACAAUAAACCACUUGAAGACGAAUUCUCACAUUUUGUGGAUUCAAAUAUUCAAGUGUUUAAAAACGGAAACAUUAGAGUUGUUCCCAAACAAGACGUGGAUUUGGAUAAAAGCGAGAAAAUAGAUGAAAUUGAAAGCAAAUGGCUUUCAAUGACUCGUAAAAGGGAUAAUAAAAAGAAGAAUAAGAGGAAGAGAUUGUCGGCUCAUAAGCCAAACAAACGACGAAAGAUUGUUAAGAAAAGUGUUGAACAAAAGAGCGAUUAA